UGGGCCGUCGCUCGUGCGCCGCCCUGCUCUCGUCUUUGGGGCUCUGCGUCCGCUCGCCCUUCGCCGCUGCCCAGGAAUUUAACAAGAAACUGAAGUUUUGGUUCAAGUAUAUUUUGAAUUGAAGCCAGAAAUGUACUAGACUUUAGAUUCUUUCAUUUGAUUAAGAAACCCUUGGGUAAAGUAGGCUGCUUUCUGAGUGAUUAGAGUUCCCUUUUAUCUGCUGGAAGAUGAUUCUCAUCAUUUGAGCUGGAGGACACCGUCACCUCACGUUGUGUGUGGUCAGCAGUAGCCGUCUGGUGUCAGAGCGCGGUGGAGCAGUCGCGAGUGCUGGAGCACGCGGUGGUGGACCCCGUGCCUGGCUCUGUGCUUAUUAGCCCACAGCGAUGCGGUGAUGGUUCCCACGAUGAGGUAUGUUCUGAAUAUGCGUUGCUUGGCAGCCCGGGUCAGCUAUAAGACUUUGAUCAUCAUCUGUGCGCUCUUCACUUUGGUCACAGUGCUUCUGUGGAAUAAGUGCUCCAGCGAUAAAGCAGUCCAGUUUCCGCGACAUUUGAAUAGUGGCUUCCGAGUGGAUGGAGUAGAAAAAAGAGCAGUGGCGGCAUCCGAGAGGAACCACUACCUGAACCAUGGGGCCAAGCAGCAGUCGGACGAGGCCUUCCCUCAGGAGCAACAGAAAGCACCCCCUGUUGUCGGAGGUUUCAAUAGCAACGGGGGAAGCAAGGUGUUAGGGCUCAAAUACGAGGAAAUCGACUGUCUCAUAAAUGAUGAGCACACGAUCAAGGGGAGGCGAGAGGGGAGUGAAGUCUUUCUUCCAUUCACGUGGGUGGAGAAAUACUUUGACGUUUAUGGAAAAGUGGUUCAGUACGAUGGCUAUGAGCGGUUCGAAUUCUCCCACAGCUAUUCCAAAGUCUACGCACAGAGAGCCCCGUAUCACCCCGAUGGGGUGUUCAUGUCCUUUGAAGGCUACAAUGUGGAAGUCCGAGACAGAGUCAAGUGCAUCAGUGGGGUGGAAGGCGUGCCGCUGUCUACCCAGUGGGGACCUCAGGGCUACUUCUACCCGAUCCAGAUUGCACAGUAUGGCUUAAGUCAUUAUAGCAAGAAUCUGACGGAGAAACCUCCUCAUAUCGAGGUGUAUGAAACAGCAGAAGACAGGGACAGAAACAGCAAAGCUAAUGACUGGACUGUGCCCAAGGGCUGCUUUAUGGCCAGUGUGGCUGAUAAGUCUAGGUUCACCAAUGUUAAGCAGUUCAUCGCACCAGAAACCAGCGAAGGUGUGUCCUUGCGCCUGGGAAACACAAGAGAUUUUAUUAUUUCAUUUGACCUCAAGUUCUUGACAAAUGGAAGCGUGUCUGUAGUUCUAGAGACCACAGAGAAGAACCAGCUCUUCACUGUCCAUUACGUCUCGAACACACAGCUCAUUGCCUUUAAGGACAGAGACGUGUACUAUGGCAUUGGGCCCAGAACUUCAUGGAGCACCGUGACCAGGGACCUGGUCACUGACCUCAGGAAAGGAGUGGGCCUUUCCAGCACAAAAGCUGUCAAGCCGACCAGAAUAAUGCCCAAAAAGGUGGUCAGGUUGAUUGCAAAGGGGAAGGGAUUCCUGGACAACAUCACCAUCUCUACCACAGCCCACAUGGCCGCGUUCUUCGCUGCUAGUGAUUGGCUUGUAAGGAACCAGGAUGACAAAGGGGGCUGGCCCAUUAUGGUGACCCGCAAGUUAGGGGAAGGCUUCAAGUCUUUAGAGCCAGGCUGGUACUCUGCCAUGGCCCAGGGGCAAGCCAUGUCGACACUGGUCAGGGCAUAUCUUCUAACAAAAGACCACACAUUCCUCAGUUCAGCUUUAAGGGCAACAGCCCCUUACAAGUCUCUGUCCGAGCAGCAUGGAGUCAAAGCUGUGUUUAUGAAUAAACAUGACUGGUAUGAAGAAUAUCCAACCACCCCUAGCUCUUUCGUUCUAAAUGGCUUUAUGUAUUCCUUAAUUGGGCUGUAUGACUUAAAAGAGACUGCAGGGGAAAAGCUUGGCAAAGAAGCGAAGUCCUUGUACGAGCGAGGCAUGGACUCCCUCAAAGCCAUGCUACCUCUGUACGACACCGGCUCAGGAACCAUCUACGACCUCCGCCACUUCAUGCUGGGCAUCGCGCCCAACCUGGCCCGCUGGGACUACCACACCACCCACAUCAACCAGCUGCAGCUGCUCAGCACCAUCGACGAGUCCCCCAUUUUCAAAGAAUUUGUCAGGCGGUGGAAGAGCUACCUUAAAGGCAGCAGGGCAAAGCACAACUAGAGCUCAGCACCAAAACCACACUUGGCCGCCCCCGGACCAACUGAGGGCUCGGCUCUGGGGCGCAGGCACGCUAGGGGGUGUACCGGGCCCUGUGGAUGCGAGGGAGGUGGUGAGUGAGCCUUAAAGACGCUCUUCUGAAAUGGUUGCAUUCCGUGGCUGGCUCUGUAGAAUCGUGCAGUCUGGGGGGUUGCGCGGUUGUCCCUCUGCGGCCACACAGGGAGGGGACGGUAAGUGGCUGUGCCUGGCCAGCUGCCUCGCACUUCUGAAAACUUAGUAUGGCGCUCUUUUAAAAUGUGACUAUUUAUAUUUAUAUUGAAAGCAGACUUUAAAACAGUGACGCUGUAAUACAGUAAAUGUGUCCUCGUCGCCUGGGUAGAGGUCUGUACAACUGUUGGAAAACAUGUUUCUCUCCUGUAGAUGCAUUUCUUAGGAGCAGAUGAGCAUUUGUUGCAUUUGUUAUAUAUGGAGAAUAUUUUGAAUUUUUGUUUUUUUUGAAAUGUGUAAAUUAAAAACACAGUGUUCAGGCUUCACAGUUCUGUAAUGUAAGCACAACUUAAAAUGCAACUUGCCGGCUGCACAAGAAAUUACAGACAUGUUGCCUGUUUCGUGAAACUUGAUCUACAAUCAGUAAGUGUUUGAUAAUCAAUCUGUUCCUUGGUCCCCAAAGUGAUGCUUUUUCACUAUUGAGAAUUUUGUAUUUAAUUUUUUUUUAAUCUCUGAAAUUAUAUUUCACUCUAACAGUACUAGAGACAUGGCUAUUUGGGUGGAUUUCAAAUAGCUGGCAUUGGGAGAGUUUUGAGUGCGUAAAACUCAACAACAGUGACUUCCUUGCAGACACCACUUAUAGUUACAGAAGUGAAUAAAUAGUUUAAAAUAAGAAGUUAACAUGUUAUCUAUAAUGUCCAAUGAACAAAAUAGUAUCUUUUCAGAUCAGGUAUCUUCUAUUGUAAAGUCCUUAUGUUCCAGUGAUGCUUUUGAAACUAGAUCUUUUCUUGAUACACUAACAGGUCUUCUGAGAGGAACGCCAACGUUUUCCAGUUCAGCAUUAGCUUUUCUUAGUUCUCUUCUUAUAGGAGGUAACAGCUGUCGGUGGGUCUUGGUGAGGUCAUUCUUCAUGCUGUUUGAAGGCUGUGGGUUUAAUGUAGGAACCAAUGAGUGUUGUGUGCGAUUAAACCUUCUGUGUAGCCCCAAACUAUGAUUAAAGUUUCUGACACAAGUAGACUCUCGAACAGGUUCUGUACUAACACUGCUCAACACAGACUUGUUCCGCAGGGUCACCUCCAGAAGUUUGGUACUGACCACUUCUAGCCUCACGUAAGCCUUGGUUAGCUCAGUGAGCAGUGCUUCUUUAUCUUUCAUUUCUUCAAUACGGAGUUGCCUAUAUUUUUGCAGUUGAGUUGUCCUGAGACUUUGUUUUUGAGAUUUUGUUAGAGAGCUCCAAUUCCAGUUGUUCAAUUGGGAGUUCCAUCUCCUUUUUCAGUGCAGCAUUUGUAUCCUUAGCUGCUGUAACUGAUCUUGAGAUGCAACUUGUGUCUCUGUAAAGAAAUUGGGUUGUUUUAAUUUUCCAGCUCUUGCUCUUCCCUCGGUCUCAUCUUUGUAUUAUUGUACUUGGUCAUGUUCUGCCACAUUUCUGUCUAGUAAAUGUUUAGGUGUUCUCUUCCUUGUUCCAACUUCAUUGUAUUCUCUUCUAGUGUUUCGUAGUUCCUUUUCAGAGAUAAUAACUCCUGCUGGAGAAACUGAUUAUCUUCAUUUACGUGGAGACGUGUGGAAGGCGGAGUUUCCAGUCCUGCUGCAAGAUCAUCAAACUUGUGCAUUAGCGUAUUAAGUACAAUAAGCAUUUCAGAUUUACUGGAUGUUGAAUCUCCAUCAAAACAAAACUCUCCAUUUUCCUUCUCUUUUAACAUUGUUUUUGUCACUUUAAGAGCAUUCUUAAACCCAGUUAGCUCUUUUAUUAAUUCACUAUUUUUCUUCUUUUCUUCAUCCAAAGCAUAUUCCAGAGAUUGUUUUAACUUGGGAAGUUUAACUGUCCCUUGUCAUCUUUAGACAAAUAUGCAAUUAAUAGGUUUUCCUGUCGAUGUUUGAUUUCCUCUGCUUGCUUUUUUUAUAUUAACUUUUAAACAGGAAUUCUCAAGUUCAGACUUAGUUUUUUCUGCAUCUUGUCAGCGUGCAGCAUAGCUUCUCCGUAUCGCUGCUGCGCUGCUUCCACCUGAUCGAUUUUUUUCUUAGAGUCUCCAAUUCCGUGUCUUCUAAGAAAACUUUCAGCUUGUUUCGCUUCAUCUUCUUGAUCAUAUUGUUCUUUUUUUCUUAACAGUACUUCAGCUUUUUCAUAUAACUGAUCAACAUUUCCCCUUACGCUUGCCAGGGAAGUGCUUAUUCCACUGAGCCAUCUCCUGGCCCCUUUGUAUGUAAUUUUAGAGUAUGCGUUGAGAGUUUUAU